GGUGUUAUAAUGGCUGUGUUGACCAUUCCCCUUCUCGCGGCUGCGACACUGCUCGUGUGCAUCAUCGUUAUCAGACGCCUGCGGUCGCCGCUGGCCUCGCUUCCGGGUCCGAGACUCGGCCUACUGACCUCAUGGCCACUCAAGUAUCACGAACUGCGCGGCAAACGUACGCAGUAUGUGCACGAGCUGCACCAAAAAUAUGGCAACGCAGUUCGAAUUGCGCCCAAUGAGGUUGUCUUUUCGUCUCUCGAGGCCAUGAAAGAAAUUUACCUUUCCAAGGGUAGCGGCUACGACAAGUCAUAUUUUUACCAUCUGUUCUCAGAAUUUGGACUCCGCACAAUGUUCUCGACCAAAGAAAAAGACCCCCACAGCAAGCGCAGACGAAUUAUUGCAGAUCGCUACGCGAAUUCCAACGUCAUGCGCGAUGGCUCCCUCCACGGUCUUGAAGAAAGAUCGCGGAACUUCAUGAAGAGAUGCAGCACACUCCCUAACCAGGAGAUGGAUGUCUACGUUUACCUCCAUUGCUAUGCCUUCGACUGCGUUACACAUCACCUUUUCCACCCACAUGGCAGCGACUCUAUUCUUCGGCACUCGGAUGAAGAAAUUAUGCGAGAGGUCUCCUUCGGCGGCAACCUUGCUAAGCGACUCCUUGGCCUAUAUAGCCCGGCUCUAGGCACCAUUAUUAACUCGGACAUCUUUGGCAAGGCGCGCGGCACUCCCCUCUCCGAGAGACUGGUGCUCAACGGUGUAAAGACGGGCGGUGUUGCCGAUUUCACCCUCGUUAGCCGCCUGGAAGAAGAAAAAUUCGGAUUGGGACCUAUUGACAUUGCCUCCGAGUGCAUGGAUCACAUGAUUGCUGGCAUUGAAACUACCGGUGACGCACUCUGCUUCUUGAUGUGGCAGCUAUCGCAGCCAGGGUACGAAAAGAUUCAGGAGCGACUCAAAGCCGAAUUCAAGGACAACGAGGGCGUGUCGUUUGAGCAGCUUCCUUACCUUGAAGCAGUAGUGAAGGAGGGUUUAAGGAUGUUUCCGUCCAUUCCGAUGAGUUUGCCCAGAUGUGUUCCCACAGGAGGUAGGCAUGUGGAUGGAUACUGGCUGCCCCAAGGGACAACCGUGAGCUGCCAGCCGUACUCCAUGCACCGAAUGGAUGAGGAGUCGUUCCCAAACCCUGAUGUUUUUGACCCAGAGAGAUGGCUAGAGCAGAAGGGUCUGGCGGAGAGGAACCGGCUGUUCUUUGCCUUUUCGAACGGCGGGCGGGGAUGCAUUGGUCGACACUUGGCAACGGCUGAGAUGAAGAUUCUCCUCCGCGAUAUUUACUCCAAGUACCAGACGGUGCCAGCGGAAGGUAUGGCGGCCGACAUGAGUAUGGACGACCAGGUCUUCACGUCAAGGCCGAAGGACCAGAAAUGCAUUCUUAAGUUCGUGGAUUGGAAAUGAGCACUCGGUUAUGGCGAUGGACUGGGAAGUUUUUAGUUUCCCGUACUCGGAUAGACUGGAAGAUGUAUUGUCUGUAGCAUAUAAAGUACACAAAGCAAUCUUGGCCUCAUCAUCGAGAAUUCG